UAGUAGAUUGUUUUAUUAGGAUCAAAAGUGACACUUUGUUUGACAAGCGAAUUUUGCAUUUGCGAGGCGGAGCGUUUAGCGAAGCCGAGCGAAAGCAAAAUUUGCGAGUCGAACAAAGUCACUUUUGAUCCGAAUGAAACAUGCUAUUUUUUCUGCAACCGAAACAAUUAACUCAAAUGAACAUGUGAAGUAACCACCAAUGCCGUGCUAUGUAUGCACUGCAACAAAUAUUGACAAAUAAUCCAUGUAGUGAGAAUAUUCUACCUUCAUUAACAGCAGCGGGUAUUCACGCUGUUUCUGGAACCUCAACUUCCAAAUCUCGAAAAAACUCUCGGCUAGUGACAGCUCGCGAUAUCUUCCCGAACUCAAUGGUGGUUGCCGUCAAAGUUUUCAAGAAAACAACACCCAAUGGUAAGGUUACUGUCUACUUGAGCAGGAGGGACUUCAUCGACCAUUUGGACUACACCGAUCCCAUAGAUGGAGUUAUCGUCGUCGAAGAUGGUUAUUUACAGGGGAGGAAGGUCUUCGGCCAAGUCCUCACCGUAUACCGGUAUGGUCGAGAAGAAGACGAGGUCAUGGGAGUCAAGUUCAGCAAGGAGAUGGUCAUAGCUGCCGAUCAGCUGGUGCCAUGCAAGAAGGAAAAGCAGAAGCUGACAGCCGUCCAAGAGAAGCUGAUCGCCAAGCUGGGCGACAAUGCUCACCCUUUCACCUUUCAGUUUCCAGAUAUGGCUCCCUGCUCCGUCACCCUCCAACCAGGCGAAGACGACCAAGGCAAACCGCUCGGAGUCGAGUACUACGUCAAGUGCUACGUCAGCGCUGAGGAGGAUGCUCCCAAGACGCAAGCGGCCAAGCGCAGCACCGUGCAGCUGGCCAUCAAGAAGCUGCAGUUCGCGCCGCCUAGCAGAGGGCCGCACCGCCUACCCAGCUCGCUCGUCUCCAAAGGCUUCACCUUCUCCAGCGGCAAGAUCAAUCUGGAAGUCACGCUCGACAAGGAUAUUUAUUACCACGGCGAAAAGAUCGGGGCUAAUCUCAUGAUUAGCAACAACUCCAGGAAGCCAGUACGCAACAUUAAGAUAUAUGUCGUGCAGCAUUGCGAGGUGACCCUGGUAAACACCCAAUUCUCCAAGUACGUGGCGAGCCUAGAGACCCGCGAAGGCUGUCCGAUAACGCCCGGCGCCAGCUUCACCAAGGUGGUCUACCUGGUACCGCUGGCUUCCAGCAACAAGGACCGCCGUGGUGUCGCUUUGGACGGACGCCUCAAAGACGACGACGCCAACCUGGCCAGCUCGACGCUGGUGCCGGAAGGCAAGUGCGCCAUCGACGCCAUCGGCAUCGUCAUCUCGUACUCGCUGCGGGUGAAGCUCAAUUGCGGAACGCUUGGAGGCGAGCUAGUGACAGAUGUGCCUUUCAAGCUGCUGCACCCGAUUCCGGGCAGCGUCGAGAAGGAGAGAGCGCACGCGCUGAAGAAGAUGAAGUCCAUGGACAAGGGAAGGUACGAGCAGAGCUUCGCCAACGAUGACGAGGACAAUAUUGUUUUCGAGGAUUUCGCGAGGUUCAGACUUAGCAGAGACGAACUGGAAUAAGGGCUGGAAAAGUACCGUGCUAUAGUAUUACGUAUUCAGCAGCUAAAUUUACAAAGAUACCUAUCCAUAACUAGAGAGACGACCAUGAUGGCUUCCAGCUACAAGAACCGCAGCGGCGUCGCCUUGGACCUCGCCUUCGACGGACGCUUCAAAGACGACGACGCCAACUUGGCCAGCUCGACGCUGGUGCCGAAAGGGAAGUGCGCUAUCGACGCCAUCGGCAUAGUCAUCUCGUACUCGCUGCGGGUGAAGCUCAAUUGCGGUACGCUUGGCGGCGAGCUAGUGACGGACGUGCCCUUCAAGCUGCUGCACCCGAUUCCGGGCAGCGUCGAGAAGGAGAGGGCGCACGCGCUGAAGAAGAUGAAGUCCAUGGACAAGGGGCGGUACGAGCAGAGCUUCGCCAACGAUGACGAGGACAAUAUUGUUCUCGAGGAUUUCGCGAGGUUCAGACUCAGCAGAGACGAACUGGAAUAAGAGCUGGAAAAGUACCGUGCUAUAGUAUUAAGUAUUCAGCAGCUAAAUUAACGAAGAUGUAAGCAAACCAUUUCCUAGAAUCAUAUAAAGCAAUAUUCUAUCGAUUUAAUCUUGCCCUGGCGACUGAAUUUCUCGAAAAUAAAAAAAUCUGGAUGACAUUUGAUUUGCUUCAAACUUGUAUAGCUCUCCGUAUAUAUUUUAGACGUAGAAAUUAUUUUGUG